AUGGUGGACUACAUGGCAAUAAUCGACGCCGAUGAUCCUACAGGGACAGAAUUCGACAGCAAGGCCGAAUUCUACUACCGCAACGUUGACAUUGGGCUCCAACGCUUUGGUUGUCACGCCAAGAACAGCAUCUACGGAUGCGACGACUGCCGGGGAGAUAAAAUUCCAAAACUGGUCUAUUCAACGGACACGUGUCUAUCGAUCUGCGAAGAUGUCGUGAGGAAAUGCCCCUAUAUGCUCAACUCUCAGUGCCCGAUGACCGAGACGCCCUUCUUCUCAGCCGAUAUCGCAACUUGCAACAAGCUAGACCGAGCCGCCAACCGGGAUCGUCCAAGUCGCCCGUGGCCAGCCACAUUUGCAGCCGCGUAA